CACAGCGUGAGACGCACAGGAGCGCAGGAGACUACCCCCCCCCCCUCUCUCGCCCUCGCCUAGAGGCGGUGACCGACACCCACGCGUGACCCCGUCUCCUCCUGCGCGUCUGUGAUCGACCACCGCGAACCGGCCUGCGUUCACUCGCACCUGCAGCCAAGGUGCUCACAGCGCGAGAAGGGGGCCGCGGCACCAUCGCAAAGAAAAGACGAGCGAGAAGAGAGACAGAGAGAGCCGGGGGCUUCCUCCAAGGGGUUCACGACCGCGCCUCGCCAGCCCCGCAAAGCCCGCGAGCCCCAUCAUCUCCUCCUCGUCUUCCUCCUCCUCCUCCAGCCGCAUCAGCAACGGCCGCAGCUUGUACCCCGGCUCCUAAGCAGGAUGUCAGCCAAAGAUCGCCGCAUCGAUUCCAACGGGGGCUCAUACAUCAAGACGGAGCCGUCGAGCCCCAGCUCCAUGCUGGAUGGCAUCUCCAGCAGCCACCACAGCCCCGGUGGCUCCUCCGACGGCAGCGGCAGCUACUCCACCGCCGGCAGCAUCAACGGCCACCACCAUCAUCACCAUCACAAUCACCACAACCACCACCACCACCACAACCACCACGGCCUGGACUCGCCCCCCGUGGGCUUUCACGGCAUGCCCAACGCGGCGGUGCCGCGCCGGCGCUACGAGGACUGCUCGGCUGGAGUGGGGGGCGGAGGCCCCCCACAGCUCACGGAUGAUCCCACGGCCAAAUGCGAGUACAUGCUCAACGCCAUGCCCAAGCGCCUGUGCCUGGUGUGCGGGGACGUGGCGUCCGGCUACCACUACGGCGUUGCCUCGUGCGAGGCCUGUAAGGCCUUCUUCAAGCGCACAAUCCAAGGGAGCAUCGAGUACAGCUGCCCGGCCACCAAUGAGUGCGAGAUCACCAAGCGGCGCCGCAAGUCGUGCCAGGCGUGCCGCUUCAUGAAGUGCCUCAAGGUGGGCAUGCUCAAGGAAGGCGUGCGUCUCGACCGGGUGCGAGGGGGGCGGCAGAAGUACAAGCGACGGAUCGACGCCGAGAACAGCCCCUACCUCAACCCCCAGCUGGCGCAGCCAGUCAAGAAGCCCUGCAACGGGAGCCUCGUGAACAAGAUCAUCUCGCACCUGCUGGUGGCUGAACCCGAGAAGAUCUACGCUAUGCCCGACCCCACCGUGCCCGAGGGAGACAUCAAGGCCCUCACCACGCUGUGCGACCUGGCCGACCGCGAGCUCGUGGUCAUCAUCGGCUGGGCCAAGCACAUUCCAGGCUUCUCCACGCUGUCGCUGGGCGACCAGAUGUCGCUGCUGCAGAGCGCGUGGAUGGAGAUCCUGCUGCUGGGUGUCGUGUUCCGCUCGCUGCCCUACGAAGACGAGCUCGUGUGGGCCGAGGACUACGUGAUGGACGAGGAGCUGUCCAAGGUGGCCGGCCUGCUCGACCUCAACUCCGCCAUCCUGCAGCUUGUGCGCAAGUACAAGGCCCUGAAGCUCGACAAGGAGGAGUUUGUGGCGCUGAAGGCCAUUGCCCUGGCUAACUCUGACUCAAUGCACAUCGAGGACGGAGAGGCGGUGCAAAAGCUUCAGGACGUUCUGCACGAGGCGCUGCAGGACUUUGAGGGCAGCAUGCACGGCGAGGACGCCCGGCGCGUCGGCAAACUGCUCAUGACGCUGCCGCUGCUCCGGCAGACGGCGACGCGCGCCGUGCAGCACUUCUACUCUGUCAAACUGGAGGGCAAGGUGCCCAUGCACAAACUUUUCCUCGAGAUGCUGGAGGCCAAGGUCUGACCGGACCUUGAGCGGCGCUUAAAAAAAGAAAGUAAAAAAAAAAGAGGACGGACGGACAGCAAU